AUGGUUCUGUUCAAUCUUUAUGACGAUUGGCUAAAGACGAUCUCCAGUUACACGGCGUUUUCACGAGUUAUUCUGAUAAUGCGAGGUAUGCACAUAAAUCCGGACAAGACAAAGGUGAUCUUAAAACCCGACAAAACGACGAUCACCGAACCGCAUCACAUAUGGCCGUCGUUGGGUGAUGAGGAAUGGAUUAAGGUUGAAUUGGCAUUGAAAGAUAUGAUAUUAGCUGAUUACGGUAAGAAGAAUAACGUCAACGUUGCGUCGUUAACGCAGAGUGAAGUGAGGGAUAUCAUUCUGGGUAUGGAAAUCAGUGCGCCAUCUGCUCAAAGACAACAGAUCGCCGAAAUUGAGAAACAGACGAAGGAGCAGAGUCAGGUGACGGCAACAACGACACGUACCGUCAAUAAGCACGGUGAUGAAAUUAUUUCAGCAACUACAAGUAAUUAUGAGAGUCAAACGUUCGCAUCGCGCACUGAAUGGCGUGUACGUGCAAUCAGUUCAACGAAUCUCCAUCUUCGAACGCAACACAUUUAUGUGAAUUCGGAUGAUGUCAAAGAUACGGGUUAUACCUACAUUCUACCUAAAAAUGUACUCAAAAAAUUCAUCAUUAUUUCGGAUCUCAGAACACAAAUUGCUGGUUAUUUGUAUGGAGUAUCUCCACCGGACAAUCCACAAGUGAAAGAGAUUCGUUGUAUUGUUCUACCGCCUCAGUGGGGUACUCAUCAAGUGGUGCAUUUGCCAAAUCAGUUGCCAUCACAUGAAUUUAUCAAGGAUCUUGAACCACUUGGAUGGAUGCACACUCAACCGAACGAAUUGCCUCAGCUGUCACCUCAAGAUGUCACGAUGCAUGCCAAAACGCUUCUUGAGAAUGAGAGUUGGGAUGGCGAAAAGACGGUCGUUAUCACGUGCAGUUUCACACCCGGAUCAGUGUCGCUGACGUCCUAUAAAUUGACACCGAGCGGUUUCGAAUGGGGUCGAACCAAUACCGAUAAACAGAGUAAUAAUCCGAAAGGUUAUUUACCGUCGCAUUAUGAAAAAGUGCAAAUGCUGUUGUCGGAUCGCUUUUUGGGUUAUUUCAUGGUACCGUCGAGUGGCAUUUGGAAUUAUAACUUUAUGGGGGUUCGACACGAAGCGAACAUGCGUUAUGAUUUGAUGUUGGCGAAUCCGAAAGAAUUCUAUCACGAGGACCAUCGACCACUUCAUUUCCAGAACUUCAAAGGAUUCGACGAUCCGUUGGGUGUGAGUUCGGCUGAUAGAGAAGAUGCAUUCGCAUGA